UUGUCUACAGAGGAUCUUUGAAGCCUCCUCGCCUCUCUGGGAAUGUGUGCGAGCCUUUGACCUGUAGUGGGACUUAUGCGGUGUCAGCACUUCUGGGCCCGAUAUAAACGGCCGCCUCCUGCCUUUCACUCUCUUCUGUGCGGAGACAGAGUCUGCCACAACCGUUCACCAGAACCAAACCGCCUCCUCCAUAUCAAAAAACAAAAUGAGCACCGCGGCCCAGCCCAUAUUCAGCAAAGGAGAGGACUGCAAGUCCUCCUGGCACGACGCUGGCGCCGGCUACAAUGAGACCGACACACACCUGGAGAUCAUGGGCAAACCCGUGAUGGAGCGCUGGGAGACCCCGUACAUGCAUUCCCUGUCGACCGUUGCAGCCUCAAAAGGCGGUCGCGUCCUGGAGAUCGGUUUCGGCAUGGCCAUCGCCGCCACUAAGCUCGAGUCUUACCCCAUCGAGGAGCACUGGAUCAUCGAGUGCAAUGACGGUGUCUUCGCCAGACUGGAGAACUGGGCCAAGUCUCAGCCACAUAAGGUCGUCCCUCUGAAGGGCCUCUGGGAGAACGUUGUUCCCACCCUGCCAGAUAACCACUUUGAUGGUAUCCUUUAUGACACAUACCCUCUGUCAGAGGACAAAUGGCACACUCACCAGUUUGACUUCAUUAAGGGUCACGCUCACAGGCUGCUGAAGUCUGGCGGCGUCCUCACUUACUGCAACCUGACUUCCUGGGGCGAGCUGCUCAAGACCAAAUACGACAACAUCGAGAAGAUGUUUGAGGAGACCCAGGUGCCUCAUCUGCUGCAAGCCGGCUUCAAGAAGGAGAAGAUUAGCACCACCACCAUGGACAUUGCACCACCCACCGAAUGCAAAUACUAUUCCUUCAAUAAGAUGAUCACUCCAACAAUCCUCAAGGACUAAAGUCCCAAAACCGUCCUACAACCUUCUUUUUUUUUUUUACAAUGAUGUGCCUUCUCACAUGAGCCUUCUGACCACCUCACUCUGUUUAUUUCACUGUCUGCCAUAUUUUCAAUAAACACAAGUCCAUCCC